AUGAUGGGCAAAGUGUGCGUGCGAAUGGACAGCGAGAGACUGACGUACGACUGCCAGUACAAAUGCCAGCAAAGGUGCCAGCAUCUAUUUUGUUUAUUUCAAGAUUUGUCCCCAGCAACAAAAUUCUCAAAGAAACUGUCCGUCUGGCGCGGAGUCCUCUACCUGCAGGAAAAUUCCAUAGCUGACCAUUGCGCUGCAUUUAUCGAGCUGUACACUGGUCUUGGAUCACCUCAUCGAUUCGGUGCUACACUGCUUGCCCGGGCGGUCGGUGCCAUGGAUUGGCUGAAAAUGAUCAAUCGACCUGCGAUUACGGAAAAGUUCCGACCUGAUUCGGAGUGCGAUAUGUUGAAGAUGUUUGCCGUCAUGUGUUCCCUGGUCAGAACCGCUGCUAAAAGCGUUCUUCAAGGCGCACCAGAUGUACCCGUUCGUGAUCGAACGAUUUCUAUCCGGAACAACCUCCGUUAGUGUCCUUGCGCACAUACGACGAGCCGUUCCAGAGGCGGACCAUCCAAGACCAGUCUCGACCGCUUUUCAAGACAGCUCAGCCGCCACCCAUCACGUUGUACGAUUUGGUCGAGCUAACGUGGAUUCAAAUCGUAUGAUGAGGAGAAGGGGUAGCUUUCUUUAGAUUAUUAUUCAUACACAAAAUCUGAAAACAAACCAGUAUCAUUUAGUAAUUCUUCAUUAUAGAUUAACAUUAAAUGUUAAUUUAAAUUUUAUGUAUCUUAAUUUUAUUUAGGGAGCAACCUUGUUGCAAAGAGAA